AUGAAUGGCAACUAUCCCAGGCCCCUGAUGGACAGGAGGCCAAUCGCUGUCCCCAACUGUAUGCAACUGGGAGUCCCUCUGCCUGGGAAUCCUUCCCCACAUUGCUCUCCGCACGUCUCCCACGGAGACAGCUUAGCCCACAUGCCGUUCCUGGUCUACCCCACCAACCUGGAGUCCGCCUACUAUGACACUUACGGCAGCAUGUUUCCCUACGUGCCCUUUCAUGGCCACUUUGGAAUCUAUGAUUGUCCCUUCGAGCCGGCCUUCAUCCAGAAGAGAAACGAGAGAGAGAGGCAGAGGGUUAAGUGUGUGAACGAGGGCUAUACCAGGCUCCGCGAUCACCUCCCCAGUGCCGUGGCUGAGAAGCGGCUCAGUAAAGUGGAGACACUGCGAGCAGCCAUCGGAUACAUCAAAUACCUCCAGGACUUGCUGAGCCGUAGUCCCACUGGGGUGGGGGCCGGGGUGGGGGAGGUCACACAGGAGCAGAAGGACAGCGCUCAGCAGAGCUCCCCUGCCUCAAAGCAGAACUGCAACAGUGACGGGGAAUCCAAACCCUCAUCCCCCUAUUGCGAGUCAGAGGAAGCCAGCAGCUAG